AGGCAGACCGCGCAUACCUCGGCGUCGCACGGGCCCCCCUGCUGGCUGGGGCUCGCCGAGCACGGCGGCGCGGCGGCGGCCGCCGCCGAGGCCGCCGAGGCGUCGGGCAGGGACAGGCGUGGCAACAAGACUGCUGCUCAGGCGGUGCGGGAAGCGCGCCGCUGUUUCGCCAAGGCCGAGGAGAAGGCCUGGGACCAGAAGUACAAGUUCCACAGCUCCAAGCACAUGAGAAAUUCAUUCCCAAGGUAUGUCGAGUCCAGGCUCGACCCGUUCAACAAGGAUUCGUCGUGGGGGCAGACGAUCCUGGAGGACGUUGCAGCUCACUGCGCGCACGGGGGCGUAGACCCGGAGGAGCUGCUGCAGAUCAGCGGCGGAAGAGCCGGCACGAGCCUGGCCCACGCGGAGGUGAAGAAGGCGUUGAGUAGUGUGAUCCCCAAGGCUGGGGAUCUGGAGGUCGCCGCGGUGCUCGGCAGCAUUGCCAGUGGCAGCGGCUCGCAGGUCGAUGCCACCGAGUUCUGCAGCGUCCUGCGGCAGUGCAUGCGCAAGGGCGUGGCGCCGCCACAGGGCGCCUCGGGCGGGCCGGCCCCUUCGUUCAGAUCCCGGAGCUACCGGCACCCGGUGGGCGGCGUGAAGCGCUUCCCGCCAGCUGCGCCCGAGGGCGGCGAGAGCGCGGAGGCCGCGGGCGCGGACCCGGGUGCGGAGGACGCCGCCAAGUGGGAGGCGAUGGACCGCGUGCGCCAGCUCCUGGCCGAGCAGCCCCCCGCCGCGAGGACGAGCCCCUGCAAGUACCAGUACUUCGGCGGGGGUGGUGCGCACAGCCUCGCGAAGAAAGGCCCCGGCGCGUCGGCGGGCGCGAGCGCCGCGAAGGAGGUGCCAGACUACUUCCUGGGCGACCCCCAGAAGCCUGGCUUCUUGUGCGACUUCCAGGCCCAGAAAACGUCCGGCUGGCUCUCCGCGCGCACUCCGCGCCGCCGCAUGGCGCGCUGAGGGCCCCAGCGGCCUGCCGGGCGGGGCGGCGGUGCCGCGGAGCGGUGCGCCGGCCGGCUCCUCGCUCCUUCCUGCUGCGCAGCCUGCUCGCGCCUUCCCGCUCCUGCGAUCGUGGCUCGCUGCGUGUGUGUUUCUUCGAAGAAGACAAUGUGGCAUAUACGCAACCUUUCGGAGCUCUGCGCAGAUCUCUCGGAUCGGCGCCUCGGCCCCCCUGGCGGUGCCUCUGGCGCCACCCUUGGCGCGCUCCGCGCGCCAGGGAGAGGGGUCCAGCGAUGAUCCCCCGAAUCCGCGCGGACCUUCAAUAGUUUGUGUUGUUUAUGCUUGUCUGUUUGUUCGUGUGCAUCCUCAUCUUAAGCCUCUGAUGCCAUGCGGCACAACGCGGCUCUUUUGAGUUACCCACAUGCCC